UGAUUGCAAUCAGUGUCUGUUUUAUUGCAGGUCUCUCAUUACCUGUGCCCAGAACACCUGAUUAGAUUCCAUGGCGAGUACAAAUAACGUGACCGAGUUAAUUAUCGUCGGUCUUUUCCAGGAUCCAGAAGUGCAGAGGGCAUGCUUUGUGAUGUUUCUUCCUGUGUACCUGGCAACAGUGGUGGGCAAUGGUCUCAUUGUUCUGACAGUCAAUGUCAGUAAGAGUCUGCGUUCCCCCAUGUACUUCUUCCUUAGCUACUUGUCCCUGGUGGAGAUCACUUACUCCUCCACUGUUGUCCCUAAAUUCAUCACAGACUUACUUGCCAAGAUUAAAACCAUCUCCCUGGAGGGCUGUGUGGCUCAGAUAUUCUUCUUCCACUUCUUUGGAGUUACUGAGAUCUUCCUGCUGACGGUAAUGGCCUAUGACCGCUUUGUGGCCAUUUGCAAACCUCUUCGCUACACCACCAUCAUGAGCCAGUUUGUGUGUCGCCUUCUGGUGGCUGUUUCCUGGCUCGGGGGCAUAAUUCACUCCAUGGUCCAGAUCCUUGUUACUGUUCAGCUGCCGUUCUGUGGUCCCAAUGUGAUUGACCACUACUUCUGUGACCUCCAUCCGUUAUUCAAGCUUGCCUGCACUGACACUUCUGUGGAGGGGGUUAUUGUGUUGGCCAACAGUGGAUUAAUCUCCGUCUUCUCCUUCCUCCUCCUGGUGUCCUCCUAUAUGGUCAUCCUGUACAACCUGAGGAACCAUUCUGCAGAGGGGAGGCGCAAAGCCCUCUCCACCUGUGCCUCUCACAUCACAGUGGUCCUCUUGUUCUUUGGACCUGCCAUCUUCCUCUACAUGCGACCCUCCUCCACCUUCACUGAGGACAAACUGGUGGCCGUGUUCUACACAGUUGUCACCCCCAUGCUGAACCCCAUCAUCUACACACUCAGAAAUGCAGAGGUGAAAAAUGCCAUGAGGAAGCUGUGGGAGAAGAAAGUGAACUCAGAAGUGGGAUAAAAAUGAAAAAAAAUUCUUAAGAACAGGACUAUAUAUGCAUAUUCUGUUUUUGGUCAAAUGUAAAUAAUAGAACAAAAGUUAACUUAUUCAUAUAUAUUUUUUUGUGGUAGAUAAAUGAGCCCCUUAUACUCCAUGUUAUCAGUUGUAGCUCUUUCAUUGCUAUCUGUAUUUCGGAGAAUUUUCAAAUUGAGUUGAAUCUCCUCUCCUGUUGUCCAUAGUGCAAAGUGCACAGAUUUCAGGAGGGAUCAUCUAGACUGGAAUUUCCAUCUGGAUUUCCCACCCUAUCAUCAUCUGCCUGUACAGCCUUGGGUCCAUGCAUUUUGCCUUUUGGUGUUAGCAUAUGGUGUGUGGAAAGUCUGUGGACUUGGAGAAUGAAGUUUAUGUUUUGCUUUCCUACUGAUGUGGUCUUGUGGGAGUCACAGGAAAGCAUUUUUACUUCAUUUGGUGUCCCUACCCCAUUAAUUUAAUUCCAAUGCCUAGAAUUCCAUAAUAGGAGCUUUAUUUCAUGACAGUAGGGCAUUGCUAGAAUGGCAGUAUCUCUUGGAGGUGAACUAAAUAUAAGCAUUUUAUAUUUGUCAUAUCUUCUUGAUGGAUUGAUUCCUUUAUCCCUAUACAAUCUUUUGUCCUUUGUUACCAUUUUUGGAUUAAAAUCUAUUCUGUCUGAUAUAAGUAUAGCUACCCCUGCUUUCUUUUGUUUUGGAAUUUCUUUUCUGUUGAUUUACUUUGAGCCCAUAUUUGCCCCUAAAUCCGAAAUGUGUCUCCUGUAGGCAUAGUUGGGUCUUCUUUUUUCUUAUUCCAAUCAGUCACUAUGUCCUUUUUGAUUGAAUUUAAUCCAUUAACAUUUAGAAUGAAUUAUUUAUAUAAUUUAUAGUUUAUCUUGUUAAUUGCUUUCGGUCUGUUUUGAAUUUCC